CUAUGCGUGAAAUACCAUUACUGUGGUUGGGCAUCGCUAUCACCGUUGUCGUCAUUGUAACAGCUGAAGCUCAAGUGUCAGUAGUGGCUAGUUUCAAUGACCCGAGAUGUGAUGGGCAGAUGGUGUGUCCAAAUGACCCUCUUCUCUUCACUUGUACUGUCACUGAAAGUACUGCGCCUGCUGCCAGAGUAACACUAUCCUCUGGAGAGAGAGUACAAGUCACUAGUACCAACAUGACUGAAGUAGUUGGAGCUACUCCUCUACCAGAUGGAGUGACUGUACAGUCUCACAAUGCAGUAGUGGAUGGAGGACUAGUAAACUACACACUAACACUGGCUAUCGAGAGAGCCUCACUGUUGGGUGGCAAUCCUGUCAUAUGUGAUGCUAAUACUCUGUCACCGUUGACAGAUGAGGCAUCAUGUCCAAUAGCCACAGACCCACCAGGUCCACCAGAGUCUCUGAGUCAGGUUGUAUCAGCCAACACUGAGACAUCAGCAGUGGUGCAGUGGGGGUCUCCAGCCAUGACUGGAGGCAAUGGUGUGUCCAUCAGGGAAUAUGUAGUGACGGUUGAUGUUGGGAUGACCCAGACUGUCAGCCAUGAUGAUAGUGGAGAUGUCUUCACUGCCACCAUUACUGUACCACAGCUCAACACCAGCUACAGUGUGUCAGUGACUGCCAUCAACUCUUGUGGUCUCUCCAGUCAGCCUGCCACCACCACUGUCUUCAUUGAGGCCAGAGUUCCACCUCAGCCUACAGUACAGUCUCUUGUCAUGUACUGCGAUGUUCCUCUGAGUGGUGGUAGACCUGUUGUCAUCAAUUGGAUGGAGGGAGAGAGGGAGGAGGGGGUGGUGUAUCCAGGAGAGGAGAUGGCAACAGUGGACUUGACUCCAGGAGGGACCAUAUGCUCUCUUCUCUCAACACCUAACACCAGUUGCACUGCUGCCAUUACCAGUGACUGCAACAACUACAGCAUCUCUAUCACUCUCUCUAAUGAUAUCGGGUCUUCUCAACCUGUAUCCAUCAUCUUUAACUCUGCCCCAGUGGAGGUGGAGGAGGGAGAGAGUCCAGCUGGAGGACCUGCAGUCGUAGUCAGUCUGAACCCUCUCUGUCGCAGUGUCCCCUACACAGUGGGGCUGUCGUUUGGAGUGAGAGAGAACAGUGGAGAGACGUGUCUUCCUCAGCAGAACGUGACAGCCAACAUCCUCCCUGGAACCCCUGUCAUCCUGCCCAUUAAUGUCACUACUCUUCCUCUAGUAGAUGGCCAACAAUACUGUUUCACAGUUCCCCAGCUAAACAUUGAAGGUGUGGGUGUGGUCAUUGGUUCCUGUGGUACAUGGUUCGCAAUUCGUAGAGGAGGAGAAAGAGGAGAGAGGAAGAAGAAGAAGAAAGAGGAGCUUGUAGCAGCCAUCUAUGAGGAGCCAGUUCAUUCAGUGGAGACUGCCAUUCCUCUCUCUGAGAACCAGGCAUAUGGCCAGACACUUGGGAUUUACAUACAAGAUACAAGAUACAAGAGAUUAUUCCAAUAUUACCCUCGCGGGGUUGUGGGUUGUGGGGUGACUGCAUGUGACAGUCACCAUCCUGUAGAGGACAGCGGUGUGUACGUCUGCUCUGCCAGUGGGGUUCAGGGGACAGUCACUCUCUCUGUCAUGGAGACAGAGUCAGUUGUAACAGCUGAAGCUCAAGUGUCAGUAGUGGCUAGUUUCAAUGACCCGAGAUGUGAUGGGCAGAUGGUGUGUCCAAAUGACCCUCUUCUCUUCACUUGUACUGUCACUGAAAGUACUGCGCCUGCUGCCAGAGUAACACUAUCCUCUGGAGAGAGAGUACAAGUCACUAGUACCAACAUGGUUGAAGUAGUUGGAGCUACUCCUCUACGAGAUGGAGUGAUGGUAGUGUCUCACAAUGCAAUAGUGAUUGGAGGACUAUUUGUAAACUACAGACUAACACUGGCUAUCGAGAGAGCCUCACUGUUGGGUGGCAAUCCUGUCAUAUGUGAUGCUAAUACUCUGUCACCGUUGACAGAUAACGCAUCAUGUCCAAUAGCCACAGACCCACCAGGGCCACCAGAGUCUCUGGGUCAGGUUGUAUCAGCCAACACUGAGACAUCAGCAGUGGUGCAGUGGGGGUCUCCAGCCAUGACUGGAGGCAAUGGUGUGUCCAUCAGGGAAUAUGUAGUGACGGUUGAUGUUGGGAUGACCCAGACUGUCAGCCAUGAUGAUAGUGGAGAUGUCUUCACUGCCACCAUUACUGUACCACAGCUCAACACCAGCUACAGUGUGUCAGUGACUGCCAUCAACUCUUGUGGUCUCUCCAGUCAGCCUGCCACCACCACUGUCUUCAUUGAGGCCAGAGUUCCACCUCAGCCUACAGUACAGUCUCUUGUCAUGUACUGCGAUGUUCCUCUGAGUGGUGGUAGACCUGUUGUACUCAAUUGGACGGAGGGAGAGAGGGAGGUGGGGGUGGUGUAUCCAGGAGAGGAGAUGGCAACAGUGGACCUGACUCCAGGAGGGACCAUAUGCUCUCUUCUCUCAACACCCCACACCAGUUGUACUGCUACCAUUACCAAUGACUGCAGCAACUACAACUUCUCUGUCACUCUCUCUAAUGAUAUCGGGUCGGCUCAACCCAUAUCCAUCAUCUUUAACUCUGCCCCAGUGGAGGUGGAGGAGGAAGAGAGUCCAGCUGGAGGACCUGCAGUCGUAGUCAGUCUGAACCCUCUCUGUCGCAGUGUCCCCUACACAGUGGGGCUGUCGUUUGGAGUGAGAGAGAACAGUGGAGAGACGUGUCUUCCUCAGCAGAACGUGACAACCAACAUCCUCCCUGGAACCCCUGUCAUCCUGCCUAUUAAUGUCACUACUCUCCCUCUGGCAGAUGGCCAGCAAUACUGUUUCACAGUUCCCCAGCUAAACAUUGAAGGUGAUCUGCCUACAACCAGUACAAGCACUUGUACUGACACUAGAGAAGAGAAGGAGAGUAUAUCAACUGGAGUUGCUGUGGCUAUAACACUGACCAUCUCUGUACUGGUGUUCAUACCAGUGGGUGUGGUCAUUGGUUCCUGUGGUACAUGGUUAGCAAUUCGUAGAGGAGGAGAAAGAGGAGAGAAGAAGAAGAAGAAGAAGAGAGAGGAGCUUGUAGCAGCCAUCUAUGAGGAGCCAGUUCAUUCAGUGGAGACUGCCAUUCCUCUCUCUGAGAACCAGGCAUAUGGCCAGCGCCGCCGACUGGGAACUGUCAGGCCAGUCUCUGUAGCUCUGGGGAGCAACGCCACCUUCUACUGCACAGUCCUGCAUGCGGAGGAGCUGAAAUGGAGAAUAAACAACCUGGACAUCCCACUCAAUGAAGAGUCUCUAUGGGAGAUUGCAGCAAGACCAGGGAAUGGGUUCUUCAGGGGAGAGUUCUGGAGCAACUCGACUGUCAUUGAGGCCUCUCUCUUGGUCUUUGCCUCGGUAUCCAACAAUAGAUCAGUCAAUAUUUCUUGUUCGGCUUUUGGAGGCUAUGAGUACCCACUAGAGAUUUCUCCCAACGUUCAACUAUCAGUGUUUGGUUUACCCUUGGCCCCAGGCCAACUGGAGGUGGUAGGAGACACCCCCUACGAGCUCAGGUUUAGAUGGAGUCCUCCAUUCACUCUACGUGGAGAGAUUGUCUCCUACUCUCUGCUAGUCCUGAACCUCAAUACCAGCAUGAACCACACCCUGGGCCCUCUCUCUGAGACAAGCUACACCCACCAGGUCUCAGAGACGCAGGCCUUGGCCUGCCACCUCUUCCGCUUCUCUGUCUUCUCUCUCAACGAAGUGGGCCCCUCCGUUAACUCCUCGUCUGCUCCUCCUAUUCUCCAUCCCACUGUUCCAGAGAUCGUGGAGAUUACCCACACUGCAGUCACGUUCACAAACGGUCUUACCAUUGAACUACAGCUAAAGAUUCCACAUAUGUGCUCCCCAGCAGCACUCACCCUCUACGCAGAGCUGGAGGGGGAAAAGUCAGGCUCAGUGAGUUGUACGGUGGAGGAGAUCAGUGGAGGCUCAGCCACUGUGGCCGCAGGAGAGUGUGGAGUGAGAAAGAACGAGAAAUACUCUCUGGCACUGCGCGCAGAGAACCAGUUUGGACUCUCCAGCUCCUCAGAGUCCGUCACCAUUUAUACCACACACGUCCAGUGGGGCAGUGCUCAAGAACUGGCCAACGGCUCCGUUCUACUAAAGUGUGGCUUUGCAGAGGGUUCCCGUGCCACUGGAUGCCAGUUGACCAUCAUACUCGGUCACACUGGCAGAGUCCGUAUUGUGAUUCAGUUGCACAGGAAGAAUAGCAGUCUACUGGAAGUAUGGGAGUUAUAUAAGGGACCAUUGGCGUGGGGGCUUCAUCCAUCUCUACUGGUGUCUGAUAUUGAAGAAGAUGGACCUGACGCCACUAUAGAGUUGAAGGGGGAUAUUUCUCUACUCACUACUACUGUAUCCUCACUAGGAGCACCAUCUCCCAGUGAUUCUGUGAAAGCUAUCACACCCACAGUGAAACAAACUGAGCCCAUUGAUAAUGGUUCAGGUGUUCCAUCUUUGCUGGUUGUGGUGAUUGGAGUACUAGCAGCUGCUAUUCUGAUUCUGAUCAUCACUACCCUCUCCCUUAUCCUCUGUCUCAGGAAAUGGGGUCGCAAACGAAGAGUUGUAAGGCGACGCCCCCAGGCAGGCCACACCUAUGAAGAUGUGGAUGUUGCUAAUCACUGGUACAAGAUGGACAAACUCGGAGACCACACCCCCUCGGUGGAUGUGGGUGUGGUUAAUCCCGUACCGUUUUCCCCCACCUACCAACAGCCAGUGCUGGGUACAGAGGCCGAUGCUUAUGAAGUCAUGAAACCCUCUGCACCUGUCAUGAUGACUGGACUCACUACUAAUGAUAAUGUCUGCUACAGUUGUAAUGGUCACUAGUGCAGAGGCUGAUGCUUAUGAAGACAUGAAACCCACUGCACUUACACUGCACUUGUAGCUGUCAUGAUCACUU